AUGCCGGCUAUUCUCGCAAAAAGAAUUUACUACUACGACACCUCGGAUUCGAGCGCCUGGGUUUGGGCCCGGUGGUUACUGUUCAUCAUCUUCCUGGUGGUUGUGGUGCUGUAUGUUUUUAUUAUCAACACUCGCCGCCGCAGAAGUGGCAGGGACCCCAUAAGGGGCACUGCGUGGCUAGCGCCGCCCCCUUCGUAUGGUAUCUCUCAGAACCACUACAAUCAGCCCACAAACCAGAACCCAGUGCCUGUGUACACGGAGAACGCCAAUGCCAAUGACGCGGGUUACUUCGACCAGCAAGGGAAGUUUCAUCCCACAGGCGCGCCCGUUGUUGCCGACGACGUACCGCAACCUGAGCCCGCAGUGACUCGCGACGACCGCCACUCUCUCACGACUUCAUCGUCCUCCUCUAUUGAAUAUCAGCGUCCCCAGGUACCGCCGCCCACUGAAACUGCCUAUCAGAGGCCUCCUGGCCCGCCACCUAGCGCCGCGGAACCAGGCGCAUCUAAAGUGUGA